UUUACGUGCCCUCAAGCUCAAGGUUUUCUUGUGCUAUGAAUCUUCACCAGCUAGUACUAGCUGGUGAAGAACUGGUGAACUGGUGGAAGAACUGGUGAACUGAGAGGAUGGCGAUCGCCAUCCUCUCAGUUAUGUAACGAACUCUCAUGCACUUGGGAAAUACUAUGCCACUAGAAAGAUUCGUACGCUCGACCAGGAGAAUAACGCUGAGGACAUGUUCAAAGCUUUAACGACUUUCUUUUCUUUUCUUUUCUUUUCUUUUUUUUAUGGAAUAGCAUGCCGACCUUGGUCUGGCAGACCUUUCCUUUCAAUAAAUAUAUAUUCCCCCCCCCUUUAACGACUUUCCUCGACGUACAUGGCAAGGGCUGUCGUGGGUAGUCCUACGACAGUGCUGCGUCAGUUGAAAGUACAAAGGUCUUCAAGCACUAGUACGGCAGAAACAUUCUCUGGCCACGCGGGUUCCUUGUUGAGCGCACUCUCUGAAUCUGAUGCAUCAGCCCUGAUGAUCUGAAGAUGCCGUUAACAGGCACCUCCGACAACAAUAAAGGAACAUAAAAUCAGCUGCCAAGUGCUGCCCGCUGCUGUUGCCUUUAUUGAUUUCCUCGAGCAGUUAUACGAGUUUUUUCGAAACUUAAGCAAAUAACAGCUAGUCAUCGAGAUACCAUGACGCACGGCAGACUUAAUACUACCUUGUCACUGUUAUGCAUAGAAAGGGACAUUCUUAAACAGCUUGAUAUUACCGAACUCGUUACUGAUUUUUCAGUAAGGAAGUCAAGGAAGGUUCCAAUCUACGCUAGCAGCGUUAUGUAGUCUUGAAUAGCUUGCAAGGUAGUAGAUACAAGAUAUCAGAAUAUGUAAACUGACAAAGCUAAGGUGAAGUACUCUUUUUGGAAACUGGGGGUAAUAAACGAACCAAACACUGUUCAUUAAACUUUUUCAUGUAUAUAUCGCACGGAAUAGUCGCACCGAGGUAAGGCGUCUCUGUGGACUUUGCCAAAAGUUAUCCUUACGAAGCACCAUGAAAAGUACUGACCAAGCAGAAGGGCCCCCACAAUGUACGCUGCCCUGGGCCCCCAGCAUUGUAAAUCCGGCACUGGUGAUGAGCAUGCCCAUGGUACGUCUUUCUUGAGGAGUCCGGUUAGUGGGAAUCAUACGUCACUGAAGUGGUCGACGUACUUCUUAUAGACGUUUACAGUCCCCAGGAAACGCUGGAGAUCUCUGACGCACCGAGAAGCUGGAAACUCCCGAACUGCGUCGGUGUUGGCUUACUUAGGUGUUGUUAUCCCAUUGGAGAUGGUGUGAUCCAGAUAAUGAAUUCUAGGACGCGCAAACUGGCAUUUCUUGAGCUUCAGGUUUACGUUUUCUGUUUGUAGCUCUUUCAAUAGACUGUGAAGGUGUGUGAGGUGUUCUUCAAACGUAUAGAUGCAUGGACAACAAUAUCGUCAAAGUAAUUGACAGCGUUGCGAAGGAGGUGCGUGAUGGCAACGAUGUUCUUGAUAGUGCGCUGAAAGGUUGCUGGGGCAUUCCGGAAACCGACACACACACACACGUAUACAUUGGAUGACCGAAGGGCAUGACAAACCAUUCGUAAUGUCCAUUUGUAAAUGUCGUGCGGUCUCGUGGUCACAUGCCAGUGUCCAGACGUGAUAUCCAAAGCACUAAAGUAGCGUGAUGACCCCCAGUGAGUCCAGCACGUCGUCUAUAAAUGGUAUGGAUGUAUAAUCAGGCACGGUUAUGGUAUUGAGCUCACAUACGGGUUCUACCAUCACCUUUCAUCUCAGCCAGUAUCGCAGGAGCCGCACAUAAAGACAGAUGUGGUCCUAUAUAUAAAGCCUUGGCUAAGAAGGGACUCAUCCUGUGUCUCGAACUGCAUUCUGUCUGCCUGAGAAGCCCUGUGCGGUGAUCAGUGGACAGGAACAUUUUGGGUAGCUGUGAUGGAAUGUUGCUCCGUAUAUAGAGAUGGAACCUAUGUCAGUGUGAGAGGUGGAGCAAAUAGAGGAGUACUCUCCGAUGAGGGCAUCUAGUGCACGUUGCUGUGAUGGUGUCAAGGAGGAGCCUUGCCUGGAACUUCCGUUUAGUUGCGUUGUUGUUGGUAGGUCUGGAAGAGACGUCUCUUCCAGACCUACCAACAAAACAACGCAACUAAAUGGAAGUUAGGAGUAGCAACAAGUUGUGGGAGGUUGAAGGGGUAUCGUUGAGAGGUCGAGGGGAAGUGCGAAUUUUGAGGCGUUGUCGAGGCAAAGAAGCAAUUCCUUCAUGACAUCUCGCAGACCCUGGACUUCUACCGCCAUCUGAAUGUCGCCGAUUUGUAAAUGAACGCGGACGCGACCCAAUGUUUGAUUUGAUGACGUGACUCGUUGAAAAGUGAUGGCUGAAUUCCUGAUGAGCUCAAGUUGGAGCCUCCUGUAAACGUCUUCAUUGAUACCACGAAAUCUAAGAUCAUGUAUACAAGGAAGCAGUGACAGAGCUCCCAUUUAGGAGCGACAUGCCGGCACACAGGCAGGCGGAUCGCUUGGAAGUAGCAUGUCACCGCCGCCUUCUGUCACAUCAAAUCAAGCCCACCUGAAUAUGUGUACAGGUAUGUCAAUAUAACCCAAAUCAACUAAACACGUCUCGUAUUCCGUAAAAGUCACAUCCGCUAACGACACAGGAACCUGGCUUGUUUCCAACCGCUCACUUGCCACCAAGUUAUCUCAUCCUGUGUCCUACGAAUUCGACACUGGCUCUGCUUCUCGUCGAGGCCUUAUAUUCAGAUAGAAAUUUUCCUGUCAGACCGUGUAGGGCGCUGCCAAGAGGUGCGUACCCAACGUUGUGAAAAUGGCGCACGCCAACACAGUCUCUGUCAUAAGCACCCGUGUGCAAGCGGAGCAACAGAUACUAAUGCAGGGAACGCAACGGACAUCAGUAACUGUCGUCUCAAAUGGGUGGCAAAUUACCCACGCAAUCACCAUGGUCGUGCGAGUGACUGAACUUAGGCGGAUCGUGAACGUUCAGACAGUGGAAGAGUCGAAAAACUAUUAUAAAACCUUUCUGCUGCUGGUCACACUGCUGCUAUUGGGCGUCCCAUUAUUAAUGAUCAUUAUUGGAUUAAUUUCCAUCAAUACAUGUCCCGGCCUUGUCACCGCUCCCUCUUAUCUUGUUUUCUUCGGCGUCCUCAACCUGCUGCUGUCUCUAAGUCCACGCUGUUGCUGCAAAGACUCAUGGCCCCGUUGCAAGGCGUGUUGCACUGUCGUCGUCGCUUCGGUAUUUGCGCUACUAAAUGUUGCGGGUUCCGCAAUGAUGUUUGCAGGCACAGCGACUCUAAAAGUGGACACAAGGGACCACCUUAGCCAGCACUACUGCAGCCCAGUUCCGUAUUACUCAGCGCCAACUUUCGCUGCCAUUUCGAUUGUUUUGACAAUCUUCUUUUGUUAUUGUGCGUGCUGUGGCAAACGCAGUGAGAACACUCGGACUGCACGGUUUUGAAAGAAGCAGCGUGAUUCAAAGGCAAUGCAGAAAGAAACGAACCUGUAUGUGGCACCCUGUGAACCUCUUUUUUUAUUUUUUGUUGUUGUUGUUGUUUUUGUUUUGUGCGUGUGUGUGUGCAUUGAGAUUUUCCCACUUGACAUCUCCUGCACUGCAGUGCUGUAUAUUAAAGGGGAGUCUGGCCAUUGGGAGGAGUCACAAAAACAGGCUCGACCCGUCAAUCACAGUUUUGCUCCACUGAUUGGUUUGCUUUUUAUCAAGGGGGUCGCCAUGACACCUCACUGCCACCCAAAAUGGCGACGAAAACAAACACAGUAAAGCGUGGAUUUCGUGACAAAAAAUUUCCAUAGAAUAAUAUGAUUUUACGCUGCAAAUGUACAUCCUCAUAUACGUUUCUUGGAAAUCAGUUUCAACUGAUGCUCACCCAUCGAUAUCUAACCGAAAAUAAUACGUUUUGACGCCGGUGUUAGGCCUAGUGAACACGGCGAUCGCGGCGAUCACAACGAAAUCAUAACAAAAAAAACGGCACUGUGCUGUACAAUCUUAUAUUUAAUUGCUGUAUUUCAUGGAUAUAAUCAUUCUUGCCUUUGAUAUUCCAACUAUUCAUGUAAAUUUGUUUCAAAAUCGUACCGACGAGAGAAUAUGCCCCCAGCAGGUGGUUCUGCCGGCAGCGGUACAACGACGGAAGCAGACGACAGUUCGCGACGUGCCCCACGCACUUUAGGUGGCGUUCAUCAAAUUUGCACCAGAAAUCCACUAGUUUUGCAGAUAGCGAGAGGCAUCCAUUUCAAUCCCAUCUAAUCCACUUGCCACCCAAAAUGGCGCUGCCCAUGUUGGACAGGGGGACAAAUAGUGAGGGUAGUUUGAUUGAUAGCGCCCCAUAUUUCAAGACUCUAUUGGCCAGAAAGCUGAAAAAGUGGGUGGAGCUUCACGUAUAGGCAUGACCCAUUAAUCCCAUUAAUGGCACGACUGCUCUCCUUUGCUAUGAUAUGCGUACGGAUCUUUGAAACCUUGUCUGUGAUGCGGAAGGAAUCCUAAGGAGAUUAUUAAGAGCAUGAAUGAAGAAUAAGAUUUGCCCCGAGAGAGCUACGGUAGCAAAAAUGAAGGAAAUGAUGCCAUUUCCACGACCUACUACUAUACUAGAGACCUGGACAUCCGCAAAGCUCCCAGCGCUGAGGUAGUAGACCUGGACGCUAGGUCCGCUGGACGCUGGCAAUUGCCGCUUGGCUAUGGGAUUUGGCGCUAGUGCGCACUAUUCGUUACCACGUGACUUGCCGAAACCGCGGCAAUGCAUGGUGGGCUGAGUUGACAAUGACGGCGAAGCAGUGAGAGAGAGAAUAGCUCGCGCUUAGCAACAGCUUGGUAGCACUAUGGUAGCACUAUAGUAGCACGAAAGACGGUGGCAAGGGCGACAGCAACAUUCCCUCUCCCCAAUAAUGCUAUGUGGCGCUUGCAGUGUCCACUACCGUAACUAUCCCAUGACCCAGCUCUCCCAUAGGCGAUUGCCAGUUGUCCAGGUCUCUAGUAUAGAGUAGGUCGUGGCCAAUUCAUUCACUUGAAGCAAAAAAUUAAUGUGGAUUAACUAUUGAACUGCGAAACAGCGCAAUAGCUGCUGGCGGGAUCCCCUUCCUGGUUCGAAAGAACAGUGAUUGCGCAACAGUGUGCACUGUCCGGAAAUGUAUCCAUAUUAUCAUACCACUAACCGUAUGAAUUACUGAUUCCACUAAUCGUACCGCAAACCGUACCGCUUGUACGAAUCAACGAAAUCCGUAUCAAGGAAACGGUACUCUUCCACUACUGUGGAAUUACUGCUCAUUAAAAUGGUGCAUGUAGACCAUCCUUCAUUAAACAAAAACGGAGGGGAAAUACGUAUAUUUAUAUCUUUAAUUAGCAGAAUCUCGGUGAAACAGGGGAAGUCAAGUCCGAUAUGAAAUGUAGCACAAUACAAAAACGAACACUGAAGCCUCCUUAGUUUAAUAUUUAGCUUGUAUAUAUUAAAUUAAGGAAGCUUCAGUGUUGCUUUUUGUAUUGUGCUAUCUUUAAUUAGAUGAGACGAUCGAGUGUCCACAUGUAGAGUUACAACCUUGUUCGGGUGUACUACGUUUAUAACAACAACAAAAAGUGUAAACCUGUGCAGACAGGUAGUUCGUAAGAAAGAUGGGAAACUAGAACGCGGUAGAAGAUCCUCAGUUUUUCAAAAGAGUAGAUACGACAGAUACGAUAGUCGAUACCCGCUAGAGCACUGUGUGGAAAUAUGACCUUAGCAUGAUGCAACAACAGCAGAUAAAUUAUAAUGUUGAUUAUGAUUAUGACAGGUUUUACAUAUGUAACUUUGUCCUGUAGAGCUGUUUCAUUCGCUGAAAACUCAGUGCAGUUUGACCUUUUUCUUUUCACCGAAGGGAACAUUUUAUGAUUCCGCAGCACGACAACGCGCCUGCAUGCUCCUACGCAAAGGCGUCGACCGCGAAAUAUGCGUUGUCAUCGACGAUAGCAGCUUCUUUUUUUAUUGCGCUGGUGCAGUGGUUUCCUACAUUGUGGAAUGUUUGAGAUGAAAUUGAAGCGGAAAUGAAAUCAAGCGGCUUUUUGCUGCUUUUUUUGCCGCCCGAUGAUAUGUAAUCUUCACAAUUAAAGAUGAACAUC